CAAGGCAAGUCCAGUGGCCUCACUGAGCUGGAAGACACAGGCAGACACACGACUGUCCAUGGCAGGGAAAGUUUCGUCCAUGUGCCCCCCUCUGUACUGUCCAGUGCUACCUGGACACUCAGCUCAAGCAUGGAGAAGCAGGCUUCAGGAGAGCUGGAAGGCUCCCUGUCUAAGAAAAAGCAAAGUGUGGUCUGGGGCAAAGAAGGGAGCAGACACAGCAUCCCAGGAACUGCUGCUUCCUCUGCUACUGCCAUCUCUGCUGUGGUCCCUGCCCCUGCUGCCAUUGCUUCAGGUGCCAUUCCCAAGAGUCCUAGAAAGAAGGCAGCAGAGGAGAAACCUAUUCAGUGGGAUGCCUCAAGAGGACCCCUGGGAAGAACAUUCCCUCCAUGGGGACAGAGACUCAAGUCAGCUCAUGUGGAACCAGCCACGUUCCCCCCAAUCUCCGGGGUUGCCCUGCUAGGGAAGGGCAGUAAAUGCUCACUGCCUUCGGGGCCCAAAGAGUGCAAGCCCUUCUGCACUGGGAAGAAAUCCCUGGCAAAGAAGACAAAGGAAUCCCAGCCAGGAGCCAAAGAAGAUGAUGAAUCCACCAGAGAUUCUGGCCUGCAGGCACAACUUCCAACACACAGGGCAGAGCAACCCUGCAUGUUCAUGCAUCGUGGAGAAAUGAGCAGUGGAGACCCCAACCUUCGAGCACCCCAAGUUCCAGGAAGCUCUCAGGUCUUGAGGCAGAGAAGUGCCCGUCUCAGAGCUCCUGCCUCUGCUGCUGAAGAGGAUCCAACUGUGGAUCCUUUACUACCUGUUGGAGAGAGUCAGCCAGAAUCAGUACAAGGCACACCAGGAUGUCCGCAGUGCCUGAUGUUACAGAAGGAAAUAGAGGAACUCAAGGAACAACUAG